AGCGAUUAAAUACCAAAAAAAAAAACACAAACAAAAAACAAACAAAAUAAAAAUUAAACACAAAAUGAGCUCGCCAACAAGUAAAAAUGCCAGCGAAACGAACGGGAACAAGCCGAAAAAGUCGGGCAAAACGAAUUCCAACGCAAAGGGCGGCACACUGGACUCGCGCGGGGAAUUGGCGGACCUCAUAAAAAAGAAGGCUGAAACUUCGGAGCAACUGGCCAAUCUGGAGCGCCAGAUAUAUGCCUUCGAGGGCUCCUAUCUGGAGGACACGCAACUGUGCGGCAACAUAAUACGCGGCUGGGAACGCUACCUCACCUCCAACAAAGCCACCAACUCGAAGGCCGACAAGCGCAAUCGCAAAUUCAAGGAAGCGGAACGCCUGUUCUCCAAGUCCAGCAUCACCUCAAUGGCUAUAUGUAAUCCGGAGCGUGCCAGCGAAUCGGACUCCAUAACGAAUGAGGACUCCAGCGACAAUCAGAUCUCAAUGAACCAGCACACCACAACUGCCCAUGACGGGGCAACGACAAUCAAGAGCACACCAAAAGAUGAAAAGGAUUCACCCUCGCAUCGCAACGAGGGAAGCCUGUCUGCCAGCGGAGGAGGAGGAGGAGGCGGUGGCGGCGGCGGUACGGGUAGCAGCGGUUCCGGAGGAACCAACAAAGACGUACUGGGUACACCCACUUCCACGACAAAAAGCAAACUGACAUCCAGCUCGAGUGCAACGGCGAAGAAGAGCGGACACAUAAACAAGAAGAUACGCCAUCGAUGAUAAGGAUGGACCACACAAACGGACAGUUAACAAGCAAAACAAAUCACUCAAUGAGUUCAAACAAUUUGAAAUUACUUAUUAAUUACAAUU